AUGGAUGUCUCAUGGGCUUCACGGAUGGUGGCAGACUUGCGGCCUCCCCUUCAUGCAGUCAAGGUGCUACCAACGAAGAUGCUGGAAAGCGAACGCAUGAGGCGAACGCGAGCAGCAAUGUGGAUUUAUGGCUCAUCUGUCCUGCUGACGAUCAUGUGCCUGAAGCUGCUACCUCUGAUGCAAAGGUGCUGUCAGCGCCAACGGAAAGUCGAGGCCGGAUAUCAGCUGCUUGGCCAGGGUGCGUCAGAAGAAUUGACCGAGGAAGGAGAGGCUAAACCAGAUGAGGAUCACGAGGAUGCUGUGGAGGCGCCCGAAGAAGAACGAGCGCACCGCCUUACCGUUGGCUUUGUGGUGUACCACAUGACCUACACAUACCUGGGCUUGGCGCUGGUAUUUUGGGCGUGCCGAAAGGGAUACCUCAAUGCCUAUGGAAUGGAUUGGGAGAUCUAUUCCUUCUGGCUUAUUGAGACCAUCGCAACCCACUUGAUCUGCGGAGCUUCUCCAGCAAAGUUCCUCAGCGCAAUUAUGCCCGUCCUCAGUGAGCGCUAUGACCUCGUCAAAGACACUGUGUCCAUUGGCAUCUACGCAAACCUUGGGCACCCAGCAGGUUACGCUUGCAGUGCGGUCGUCAUAUUGACCAUGAUUGUCCCGAACAUCUUCAAUUACAUGGAUCCUGCCACAGAGCAGCUUAUGAGGGCUUCCUACUGGCCCAUACCGGCAGACCAAGCUCAGGUAGUGGAUGAGGAUGAUGACGUUCAGCAGCGAGGCAUGUUUCACCGAUUCAAGGUCUUUUGCGCAAAGCAAAUGGAAGACACCACGCGAGAGCAUCGUCGUGUGCUGUGCUUGUUGGAGGACUUGCCACAGCUUGCCGUGGCGUUGUUCUUCACCGCCUACUCACGCUACACCGAAGGUGCGGCGAUCUCGCCCUUCAUUGCCUUGAACAUCGUGAUCGCCGUCGCCAAGACGUGUGGCAUUUUUCUGGGCAGGGGAAUUUGUUUGACCUGGAUGGUCAUGAACAAAGUGCCAUGGCCAAUGGACUGCAUUACCCAGAGGAAUUUGGAGGACGUCGUGUGGUUCAGUGGCUACUACGGCGAAGCCGGGGAGGCCGAGAUGCUCCGCGUGCUCAAGGAAGUGGUUCGUUCGGAUGACACACCCAGAAGCCUUCGGCAGACAGCCGAACGACAUCUGUGGAGCAGGGUCGAAGAGUUGCAGGAGACCUACGGUUUCCCCUUUAGCUCGUCGGAGUCGCAGUUUGGCGUGGAUUUGGUGCAGCAUGCGAAGGGCCAAAGGGCGUGUGAAGCAGUUGUGGCGUACUGUGCCAGCAAAGCCCUGUCCUUUCAGGAGGCCAGUUCAAUGCUUUCCAAGUGGCAGGUGUUUGCACCCAUAAACAGUGACCGAAGCCCAAGGAGUGAAGUUUUGCUUACGUGGAGAGUGUUAGUUGAAGGAAGCCUUGCUUUUGAGUCACGCCGGAUCGGUCGCGAUCCAAUACAUCUGUUGGCCGAACCCUUGAAGAUGUUGAAGUCGGACAGUUCGGAAGAGGAAAAAACGCGGGCCAUCAUUUUGUUGGGAGGGAUGUGCACAAAGGAGGCAGCCAGAGCAGUGCUUUCCUACAAUGUCAACUUAUCCCAUGCUGAUGACGAGGUCCGAGCUGCUGUUUGUCGGUCUCUUGCAUGGGCUUCAGAGGACGACUUUGCAAAACACUCGGAGGCGCUUGUGCGGACAGCGUUCGAGGAUGAAAACUCUGAUGCCCGCCAGUGUGCAUGGGUGGUUCUAGGAUUGAAGCGAGAUCUUGGCGUGAAGCUGGUAGAAAAGCAGUUAGCUCAGGGCAACUACGCCGACCAAGAAUCGGAUUUGCUCCUGCGAUCUCUUUUCGCAGUCCAGUGGCUUGGAGAAGAUGCAGAUGUUCUUUGGGAUGACAAGGUUCUUCAAUUGAUUGAAGAUUCAGACCUUUGGCCUGCCCGCCAAGACUCAGGAAGUUGUCUUCGAGACACUGCGGAGACUUUGUUGAAGUGUGGCCGUAUGGAUCGGCUGACAAACAUUUUGCCAAAACUCUUGCUGGAGUGCAAGCACGAUGAGCGUGGACAGCGCUUGGUGGGUUUGGCUGCUGUGAUCAAAGGGCCAAAGCCUAGGAUCGUGGAUGUAAUUCUGCAGUUGCUGGUGUCUGUUACAGUAACAGAUGCCAACGGAGGCUGGCUACAUUAUUUGUUGCAGACUGCCAAAGCCCUUGUUCCAGAAUUCAAUGAGAAGCAUGUGAACUCCCUCCUUGGAGUCAUUGAGCAAGAUUCUUCCCCUGUGCUUUUGCAGCUUAAAGCUUCGGAAUUAUUGGGAGAGCUGAGGAAACGACAGUGGGAUGUUUCACUACCUGUGUCGCUGAUUGAGAAGCAUUUUGAGAAUGAAGACACCACUGUCCUCACUCGCGUUUGCGCAGUGCUUCAAGCAUGGGGAACCAUCUCCGAAUCGUUGCCUUUGUUGCCUCACUUGGCAAAGCUUCUGCAACACAGCAAUGAGUCGGUGCGAGCGGCUGCGUUUGAGACUUUUGGCAACUUCGAUGCCAUUCCAAGUCUCAAGCCACACAUUCCAGCGCUGCUAGCAGCCUGUCUGGGCACCGAUCCAGAGACAGGAAUCUUCUAUGCAGCAUUUCGUGCUGUGCGGCGGCUCGACAUCUUCAGCAAUGAUUUGGUUGACGAGGAGUCAAAGCAGAAGGUGCUCGACAGUGCGCAUCGCCUGAAUGAUCCCGACCGGCAGGUUCGAACGAGGGCACGCACACUUGUUCAGCUUCUUCCGACAGAUGAGAUAGACUCCGAUCUUGUGAAAGACAUUACUAGGACCAGCUUUCGCAAAGAUGAUCCACUUUCUUUCGAGACCUUCAACCUUGGACAGAAGGGACAGGCAGCUCUUCGAACCUUGAUUGAAGAAAAGUCCAAAGAGCUUUGCUUCGAGAGGCUUUUGCUUUGGACGAUCGAGUCCAUCGACAGUUUGCAGCGUGACGACCCCCGAGCAGAGGCUUUGGUUUACUACAUGCUCAAUGACAGUGCCCCACACGUUGCAGCCAAAGCGCUGCAGAGAUGCUUCGGCAAGAAGACCGUGGAGCUUCCAGGGGUCGCCGAAGCUUUACCCGCUGUGGCCUUCAAACGCUUGGCGCCAGCUGCAGAGUGGUUGGAUCGGAGAGUCUGGCUGGCUCUGAAAGCACCGUAG